AUGUUUAUUGUCGCCCGCCUCUUUGCGGGGGCUGGGAGCUGGGGUUACCUAGCAGUCACGCCAUAUUACUCUGCAGAGUUGGCACCGCCGGGCCUGCGUGGCCUGAUGGUGGGCAUGAACGGUGUCAACAUCGCAUUGGGCUAUGCUCUUGCCAGCUAUAUGGGUCUCGCCUUUUAUUAUGUGGAUGAUCCACAAACGCAAUGGCGAGCACCAUUGGGAAUUGCACUGAUUUGGCCAGUGAUGAUGGUCCUCGUCUGCCUCGUCAUCCCAGAAUCCCCACGUUAUCUCCUCAUGAAGGGGAAGAUUGAUGAGGCAAGAGACGUUGUGUUCAAGCUGCAUGCAUCGAAGAAUGACCCUGAUCAAGAAUUUGCUCGCGGGGAAUUCUACCAGAUGUCAAAGCAAGCCGAGUUGGAUCGGACUAUGGAACCGGGCUGGCUUGAAAUGAUUCGUCGACCCAGCUACCGCAAGCGCACGAUUAUGGCCAUGGGAUUCGCAUUCAUUGGACAGUCGACAGGCGUCUUGGUUUUGAACAACUACGGUCCAACCAUCUACGCCGCCCUAGGCUACGAUACCCUGUAUCAAUUGAUCUUCCAGUGUGGCUGGAUUACUGUCGGAAUUGUUGGCAACUUGGUGGGAGCUCUCAUCAUGGACUGGACAGGUCGCAAGCCUCUGCUUGUUAUGGGUGUCGCUGGCUGCUGCGUGUCCCUCAUUCUCGAGGCUGCAAUGGUUAGCUCGUUCGCCGAAGAAGCGACCAACAAGGCCGGGCUUCGAAUGGGCGUUGCGGCUGCGUACCUGUUCUUGGCCGUAUACAGCAUCGGCAUCGACGUGGCUGGCGUCGUCUUCUAUUCGGAACUCUUCCCCAACCAUCUGAGAGCGAAGGGCUUGUCUCUGAGUAUUUGCGUCAUUGCACUGACCGACUUGGUCUAUCUACAAGUUGCAGCUACGGCUUUUAACAAUAUCGGCUGGAAGUUCUAUCUGGUCUUCAUCAUCAUUUCCGGCCUGGGCGCGUUCUUUGCCUACUUCUAUCUCCCUGAAACGAAGAACAUCCCGCUCGAAGAGAUGGCGAAACUGUUCGGAGAUGAAGUCGCCGUCUACGCCGAAGACCUCCACGUCGAUCAUCGCACGCACGAGCUCAUCGUUGAUGAACACGGUAAUCACGGUCUGCACAAAAUUGCCACUGAAGCGGGUGUCCCACGACCAUCCACAGGUGGAGACGUGGAAAAGCACGGAGCCGUCCACAGGGAUACCGUUGAGCACGUUGACUCUGAGCAGAGUGAAAAGGAAUAG